AUGACUGACAAAGUGUGGAUGGGGUCAAGCACUGCCAACAACACACUCGGACACGUUGACUGCCCACAUUCCCCACACCAGCCACGCAUGGGUCGACGCCAACUAGCUGCGACGUCAACACCACCCGACCAACUCCGGCAUCAUGUACGACGUUCCCUCGCCUGCCACGUGGAGCUCUCUUGCUUGACUUCUUCACCACUGGCCAUCACCUCCACCACCAAUCAACGAAGGGGGCAUAUGAGAUCACAACGACUUGAGAGUAUCACAAUAGCAGGGAAGGGAGUUAUGGCCAGAGCGGUCAGCUGGAAAUUGGCUGGACCUGACAGAAAUACUACUAGUAGUCGGUGGACUCCGAAGUCCAAGCCAAUUAUGAAAUACAUUGAACACACCACCGUGACAUCUCAGUCCAGUCAUCGAAAUUCCGGUAACUCAGGGGUUGACACGCCUCUGAUCUUACCAAGCCAGCUCCGCUUGGUGGGCUUCGCUGCCUGA